AUGGCUGGCGCAGCAUACAAAAAACGGUCGCGCGACGAUGCGUCAAAACCCAAGGCCGCACCGCCACUCAAGAAGCAGAAGCAGCAGAAGCAACGACAAGCCCCCAGCCAAAGCGACGAGUCCGACGACGCGCAAGACUUCCAAGCCGUCCAUUUACUCGAUUCGGACGACGAUGACAUCCACAACGCCAAGGUAGACGAUGGCGCAGAUUCGGGGCUCGACGCCAGCUCCAAUGGCUCGUCAUCGGAAACUGAAGACGAAAGACCAAAGGCAACAAGAACAAAGGCUUCGCGGCCGCAGCCGAUAGCGAGGGACGUACCUGCAAAUAAUCUCGCCAAAGACGCCCCGGCCUCGAAAUCAAAAUCUACUUGGGACGACGAAGAUCAGAGCGAGGACGAGGACGAGGAGGGCGACAACGACGAGUAUUCCGACCUAGACGACGAGGCCAGCUCCGACGAAGCAGGCUCGCACGCCGGAGAGGACGCGCAGGGCCACAAAUCCACAAACCCCAACCGCAUAUCAAGGUCCAAGCGCAACGACCCGGAGGCCUUCGCGACGUCCAUGACCAAGAUCCUGGGGACCAAGAUCUCGGGCAAGAACCGGGCGGACCCGGUGCUGGCGCGGAGCGCGGACGCGCGCGAGCGGGUGCGGCAGGUGCUGGACGAGGACCUGGACCGCAAGGCGCGGCGCAAGAUGCGCGAGCAGAAGCAGCGGGCGAUGGAGAAGGGCCGGGUGCGGGACGUGCUGGUGGCGACCAACGGCACCUUCACCAACGUCAACCCCGUGACGGGCAGGGUGAUCAGCGACACGGACGGCGAGACGACGGCCGAGGUCCUGGCGACGGAGCGGAGGCUGCGCAAGACGGCGCAGAAGGGUGUGGUGCAGCUGUUCAACGCGUUCCGCACGGCGCAGGUCAAGGCUGCCGAGGCGGAGCGGGUGGCGCGGAAGCAGGGGGUCAUUGGCAUGGACAAUAAGAAGGACAAGGUCACCGAGAUGAGCAAGAAGGGCUUCUUGGAUCUGAUUGCCUCCGGGGGCGGAGGGCUGAAGAAGGGUCCCAUGGAGGAGGCUUGA